AUGGAACAUCCCUGCUUGCCUUGGGCUGAGCACAUAACAACACUGAACUUUGCUGAUAACUGCAUCUCAUUUUCAAACAAGAAUUCCAAUGUGAUCAGUAACGAAAUGGAAGCGAUUCUAGUCACUGUUGGUCUUCUUGGGGCUAUAAUUUUAUUAGUUUACAAGUAUUUAAGCUGGCAUCAUGGAGUAUUUAAAGAAGUUGGUCUAGAUGGCCCAAAACCAAAUAUAUUUUUAGGAAAUUUUCCCAGCGCUAUCACCGGCAAACAGCCAAUGGUCUAUGAUGUCGAUGAAGUUUAUAGUAAAUAUAAGAACACGCAUAAAGCCAUCGGUGUCUUUAUGACUCGGAAUCCGCAAAUAUUAAUAUUAGACCCAGGGCUGGCGCAGAAAAUUAUGGUGACAAAUUUUGGAAAAUUUCGCGGCAACGUAGCAGCCGAUUUGAUAUAUAACAGAAAAGAAGAUAAGAUAGCUGCCGGAAGUCCUUUCUUUACCAGCGACGAGUCGUGGAAAGCGAAAAGGUUACAUGUAGUCGGUGGAUUAAAGCAAAACAAGCUCAGCAUGGCUUAUCCCAUUUGGAAAGGCUGCGCAAAAAAAUUGGCCAAAUAUCUCGAAACCAGAACUGCUAAUGGCAAUGCCAUCAUCGAAACAAAGAAUCUCGGCUUCUGUUUUACCUCCAACGUCUUAGGUGAGUUCCUUUGGGGCAUCGAAACGAACGCAUUCGCUAAGUCGAACGAACCGAAUACUUUUCUGGAAAUGUCACAAAAAUGGCUCCAAUAUAUCGCUCAAUCAUUUACCGUUUAUUUCAAAUUGCUACCCGUGCCUUGGUUACGUCGCUUUGCGCAACCUCGUUUGUUUCCCUUGGCAACCGAUCGGUUCUUUACACAACUAACUAAGGAUGCACUUGAGUGGCGUGAAAAAGAUGAGAGUAGCCAGAACAGAGUGGAUUUUCUCAACUAUCUGCGACAGUUGCAAGAAAAGAAAAAUUUAACGCUCAACGAUAUGGUCGGAUGUAUGCUGACUACAACGCUGGAUGGUUUCGAGACAUCGGCGACGGUGCUCUUCCAUACAAUAUUUUAUUUGGCGCAUCAUCCGCAGUACCAGGAGAAGCUGCGUAUGGAGAUCUUAGCAAAUCUCGAGGAGGAUGGGAGUGUGAGCUAUCAAAAAUUGUGUGCUUUGCCGUAUUUAAAUCAGUGUGUCAAUGAGUCCAUUCGCUUGAUCAGCGUAGUAUCAUUUUAUGCCCGCAUUUGCACUGAGCCCACUGAACUGGAAGUGGGCCAAGGGCUUGUAAUACCAAUUAAAGUCGGCCAAGUGGUCAGUGUGCCUGUAUUUAGUUUUCAUCAUAACCCUGAUCACUUUCCAAAACCAUACGAAUUCAAUCCGGAUCGUUUUAAUAACGACGCACAUCUGGAUUUAAUGAAAAGGGGUAUAUUUAUGCCUUUCGGAAAUGGACCACGAAUAUGCGCAGGCAUGCAUUUGGGUUUGGUGGAGGUUAAAACCUGCCUCGUAGAAAUAUUCAAGGCUUAUCGAGUAAAAUGCUGUGCAAAAACAAUUCCGGAAAAACGACCCGAAUCACCGACAUUCAUAAUGGGUAUCGAUGGCGAAUUUUGGCUGGAGUAUGAAAGACUAUAAUAUAGAUAUUAAAGUUUUAGUCCUUAAAGAAAAUAAAUAUAAUUUGUUUUUCUUUUAU